GCGCCGGUCAAGCAUGGCGCGGAUGGACCAAAGGAGCGUUUUUCGCGCCUGGGUUUUACUGACAUGUGCGAUAAUCUGCAGUCAUGUGCUAUGUCCCGUCAGUGGAUAUCUCUACAAUAACCGCUACGCAGGUGAUCAGGUCUUCAGGAUACACCCCAAUACUGAGGAAGAAGUUGGAAGAGUCAAGAGUAUCCUGGGACACAUAAAGGUGGAUCUCUGGCAGCCCAACAGCCUUUCUAUGAUCACCCACAAUGCCACAGUGGAUGUGCAUGUGAAACACAAUGAUGUACUCAGGCUUCAUACAUGUUUGAAGCAGGAGCACAUCAGUUAUGAAGUGUUUAUCACAAACUUGCAAAAGGAAAUAGAAAAGCAGACUGGGUACCGCUCGUCCCGUAGGCGGAGGUCAGCUUCUCAAUACGACUAUGAGGUUUACCACUCACUGGAAGAGAUCCAAAGCUGGAUGUUUGAGAUGAACCGAACUAACCCAGACCUUGUCGACAUGUUUUCUGUGGGAAAAUCAUAUGAAGGAAGGCCUCUUUAUGUCCUCCAGCUAGGAAAGAGAAGUCGGCCUCAGAAGAAAGCCGUGUGGAUUGACUGUGGUGUCCAUGCACGGGAAUGGAUCGGACCUGCUUUCUGUCAGUGGUUUGUGAAGGAGGCCCUGUCCUCAUAUAAACAUGACUCUGUGAUGAGGAGGCUGCUCAACCAACUCAACUUCUACAUUAUGCCAGUUUUUAAUGUGGAUGGAUACCACUUCAGCUGGACCACAGAUCGAUUCUGGAGAAAAACACGCUCCAAGAAUCGCAAGUUUCACUGCAGGGGAGUGGAUGCAAACAGGAACUGGAAAGUAAAAUGGUGUGAGGAAGGCGCCUCCUCCCAUCCCUGUGAUGAUACUUACUGUGGCCCUUAUCCCGAGUCUGAACCUGAGGUAAAAGCUGUUGCCAAGUUUCUGCGCAAACACAAGAAACGUGUGAAAGCCUAUAUCUCCAUCCACGCCUACGCCCAAAUGCUGCUGUACCCCUAUUCAUACAAGUAUGCCACCAUCCCAAACUUCAACUGUGUGGAGUCAGCAGCUCAGACUGCAGUGUCAGCUCUGUACUCUGCAUAUGGAGUAAAAUACAGAUAUGGACCAGCAUCCACCACUCUGUAUGUUACAUCAGGCAGCUCCAUAGACUGGGCCUACAGGAAUGGGAUCCCUUACACAUUUGCAUUUGAACUCAGAGACACGGGGUACUUUGGGUUUCUUCUGCCUGAAUCUCUCAUCAACCCGACCUGCACUGAAACCAUGAGAGCUGUGAAGACCAUUGCUACAGGACUGCUCAAGAAGUGUGAGAUAGAUAGUAACACAUUUCCAUAUAUAUGA